AUGGACUUCAUUUCUGGACUACCUAGGACCCUGAAGAGUUAUACAGUGAUAUGGGUUGUUGUUGACAGACUCACGAAGUCAGCACACUUCAUUCCAGGGAAGUCCACUUAUACUGCCAAUUCCCGGUUUGUUGGGGUGAGACUGAGGAACUAUGCUGAUGAACGACGUAGGGAUCUUGAGUUUGACGUAGGAGACAUGAUUUUUCUGAAGGUAGCACCUAUAAAGGGUGUUCUAAGAUUCGAGAAGAAAGGGAAGUUGAGUCCACGUUUUGUAGGGUCGUUUGAGAUUCUUGAAAGGAUUGGCCCUGUAGCUUAUCAUUUGGCCUUGCCUCCGCAAUUAUCUGCAGUUCAUGAUGUGUUUCAUGUCUCCAUGCUGAGGAAGUAUGUGACAGAUCCCUCACAUAUAGUCGACUACAAACCAUUGCAAAUUAACGACAACUUAAGCUAUGACGAGCGGCCAGUUGAGAUUUUGGCUAAGGAAGUUAAACUGCUUUGUAACAGAGGAAUUACAUUGGUCAAGGUUUUGUGGCGAAACCACGAGGUUGAGGAAGCUACUUGA